UCAGUAUAAAUUGUUUAUAAGAUUAACGAACACAACUAAAAGAAGAAGAGCGUCUCCUCUUGUCAUCUCAACUAACUACCAAGACAUCUGCCUCCAGAUAACAAUGCAUGUCCACGUGAUGAAGGCAUUGGUGAUAUUUGUGAUUGUGUGUGCAGCUAACCCUGUGGCUGCGAACGAUCCGGGUGUACAUGGAAAGGCAUUCAAAACCAGUAGGGUUAAACUGGCUGACAAGGAGGUGUUCACAGUCACAGCUGAGGAUGGAACACCUUUGACAACCAUUGAUGUUGUCCGUGAUGAGGGAUAUGAAAUCGAGCUAACUUCAGAUGGCAGAAAGUGUCGGCUAAGUCAGGUUCAAGACAACAGUUCGUGUUUCCAAGAGGCGCCACUUGCGGACGACGAACCGGUUUCGGCGCGCAUUUCUGACCGGUGCAAAGGCAGAGAGAUGAUGACCUUAAAGCCAAAGGAUUGCAAUGCAAAAUCCAGUCUUGAAAAAGAGGCAACCACUCGAGAAAAGCGAUUCUUAAGCAUUUGCACAUCAAAGGAACCUCGUGUCGUUUGCGGAUUUGAGUGGUUUCUACGCUGGGUAUGCCACACAAGGGAAGUAACUAUUUGGUCCUUCUGUUAAUGAUCCAACCUUGCCCCAGCCUCGGACGACACGAUCCCACUAACAGCUAAGCGCUUACUAACAACUGUCUGAACAUUUUUAUAUGACAACUGGAUUCAGUUCCUACAUCUAUACAUUGAUCUUUAUUAUAUUUUUUACUGUUUUGCUUACUAUGCAGCGAGCUUUUUAGAAUAAUGUAGAUUGUAUUUACUGAUUUAUUAUAUUUUCGAAUCACUUUGUUGGUGUUAACACAAUACUUUAUUAUUAAGGACUUCGUUUUAAACCACAUACAUCCAACUAACUUUACAUCACUAUAAUAUGAAUAUUAACACUGUUUUCCAACAUUUUUCUGGAUGAGAAGUUUUUGUCGUUUAAAUGUACAAAUUAAUGAGAGAAUAUCUUCAUUUGUCAACAAAAUAUUGUGUUUAUAAUAUCUUAAUGCAUAUUGUUUUAUUCUGUAUGGGUUUUAAAUAUUAACUUAACUUUGUUACAACAGAAAGCGCCUUUCCAUACAUUCUUGCAAAAGUGCAUAUAUUACUUUUUUGAUUGCAGUUGUUGUUUUUCUUGUUAUUUAAAUGCAUGUGUAUUUAUUUAUAUGCUUAAGUCGCAAAUAAACUCUUUGUUCUUGUUUCUCUUAUAAAGCAAACUGGCAAUAAACUCUUAAUAAAA